AACGAUAACGGUGCUGGUGCUCAGUCCUGGUGUCGUAACUUUAAGCCUUUUUUUUUUAAAUUCACGAAUGGUUGUAUGCGCUAUAUGUAUUAAUUACAUUGCUUAAGCAGCGGUACUGUGGGAAUUUUCGUUAGUUACCCGAUAAGUUUAUAGUCGUUACUGGCUAGCUCGCUAACGUCAAUGAUUUUGUUUUGAGGAUGACAAAUCAGGACUGUGACACACUGGCUUACACUAAAAGCCCCAAAACAUCGAAAAGAACAACUUUUCAGGAUGAACUUCAGGCUGCUGUCUUUGCCAGGGCAAGAAAAACGAAACCAACUCAAAACCAGUAUUCAUACUUGGAUGAUUUCAGUGACGAUGACGGUUUGUUUGGUGAACUACUCAAAUCAAGAAAAAAGAGGGCCGAUGCUUUUAAGACUGGAAGGAGUAAAGGCAAAAUCAAUGACUUUGAUCUUUCAGAUGAUGAGCAAAAAGAUGCUCAAACAAAGAGAGUUUCAUUCCUAAAAUCCCGAAGAAUCACCUCAACACUGGAAGACACAGUGGCAUCAGAGUCUAAUGAAAAUGAGCCACUCAACUCCUAUGCCGAAGGACACAGUGAUCAGAAAAGCUUAUUUUCCUUGCAGAGCUCCACAAAUGAAUGUGAAGGCAAUAUAACACACACAAAAAGUGUUGUGGAAUCAAGUAACACUCAAGAUAUAGCAGAAAAUCCAGAUGAAUCUCCGUCAAACCAAAAUCCAGAGGAUACAGAACUGAAUCUGGCUUUGACUCUUCUGUCUAACACGUAUGUGAUAGAACCUUCAGUUCCCUUAGUCUGUGAAAGUACUGAGGAGAAGAACAAAAUGUGCCACGAGGAAAGCUCCCAUUUAUUCACAGAUAGUGUUAGUGAGGGGGAACCACCAAAACCCAAACCAAGACAGAGGACCUUCAAAUUGACCCCUCAUCCUGUGGAGAAACAGGGUGGUGAUUCAGAAGCUCAGGAUCUCUGCAAACCUCAGACUUCCACUGCAGCUGUUCCCCCUUCAUCCAGCAGCAUCAAUAAUAGAGCAGAAGGAGACCACAGAACUUCAAAAUCAUUUUCAAAUGGAAGUGAGCAGUCUCAGUUGUUCAUCAAGUCCACAGCUGAUUCUGGAUCUCCAGAUGUUGCUAUUUGUGGUGGUGAUAAAGAGCAUGAAAGAAAGUACUCUACAUCUUUUGAAGAUCUUAAUAAAGACUCAGGAGAACACUCUGCUGAUCAACUCAGUCAUAUCCAUGAAGAAACCAUUAAUAGCAAGACAUCUGGUUGUUCCUCCAAAGCCUCUCAGAGGUCUCGCAGUGUGUGCUCCAACAAGACAGAGUCAAAAUAUUUGGGAACUCUCAAAAUUUUGGACAGUAAACUGUCAUUACAUGAAUCUCAGCUACAAACUGCAGAUUCACUCAGAGCUGCUAUUUACCAAGAAUGGGUUAAGAAGAAAGAGGAAAACAUAAGAAAGAAUGCACAGCUAAGAAAACAACAGGAAGAAAAAAGGAAAAAGGAACAAGAAGCUAAAAAGGAAGAAGCUGUUGUGUCAUUUGAGGCAUGGAAAAAAAAGAAAGCUGAGAGUCUUAAAGCAAAAGCCAAAGAGAAGCAAGAAUUGGUUAGAAAAGAACAAAUGGCAGUUCAGGAGAGAGAAGAAAAAAGGGAAUCUGCAAAACAGGUGUUUGAAAAAUGGAAACAUGAGCAUGAUCAGCUACUCAAAGAAAAAUUCAGAAAGCAACAAAUAGCUGAAAAUAAACUUCAGUUGAAGACACAACAAAAGGAGGAGGAAAAAAGGGGAGAAAGCAAAAUUGCUUUUUCCAGAUGGUGUGAAAAAAAGAAGAAUGUUCUUGAUAAAAAAGCCAUGAGGGAACAUGAAGAAAUCAAAACCAAAGAAGAGGAAGAAAGAUACCAAAGAGAAGAGAGAGAUGCACUUGCUUUGGAAAUGUAUGAAAAGUGGUUGGCAAGGAAGAGUCAACAAGAGAACCGACAAAGAGAAGAUAAAUAUGUACGGGAGAUACUCCAAGACAGUCCACACCCACCUUGGAACCCCCCAAAUAAAACUAUUCCAUUUAGAAGAUAGGGUUUCAAAUAUAACAUUAUAACUAUGUUGUGGUGCCGAUACUUAACACAUUAUAGACAAUGUGUGAUGUAGAGAGGGGCCACGGGCAGCUGUUACAUGAAUUUAACAUGUUUGAUAGUUUUUUUGGUUUGUUCUUUUUUAUUGAAUAUUUAAAUAACAGUUAUCCAUCAUGUAUAGAAAUGUGUUUGUGUGAUAUGAAGUGUAAUAGACUAUUGCCUUUUAAUUUUAUACACAAAAAUAUUUUCUGAAUGUAGUUAAGUUUUACCUCAAAAAUGUAAAGCAGCAAUAAAGACCUUAAAGAAAACUAUAAAUUUGCAAUCUCACUUCUGGAUUCUUCAACUGUUUACUGAAUAAAACACUGUUGAUUGUAA